CUGACAUCAACGGCGGACACCUUUCACCUACACCCAAUUAUUCUUUUGACUUGAGCUGCGUUCUCGUUGGUAUCGCCAACAUGGCCGACUCCCUCAAAGUCAACGGCAAUGGCCGGCCGAGCAACGUCAAGCAUCCCUCCGCGCCGUCCCUGAUGAUGAACGCGCAUUUCGCCUCCGUGGGCGAGGAUGCCUCCAAGGAGGCCUACGAGCAUGGCAUUCAGGUUAUUGACGAGGACAAGGUGUUCAAUAACAACCUCUCCGCGUACCUCAACAUCGAGAAGAUCAUCCCCGCGGGCUUCAACUACCACCUCAUUUCCGUCUUCGGUUCGCAGUCCACAGGGAAAUCGACCCUCCUCAACUACCUCUUUGGCACCCAGUUUGGUGUCAUGUCCGAGCAAGAUCGCCGUCAGACGACCAAGGGAAUCUGGAUGAGCAAGAACAAGCGGGACGACGCCAGCAGGAGCAUGGCGGAGAAUAUCCUGGUCAUGGACGUUGAGGGCACGGACGGCCGCGAGCGCGGAGAGGACCAGGAUUUUGAGCGGAAGAGCGCCCUGUUCGCGCUGGCGACCAGCGAGGUCCUGAUUGUGAACAUCUGGGAGCACCAGGUUGGGCUGUACCAGGGCGCCAACAUGGGCCUCCUUAAGACGGUGUUUGAGGUCAACCUGCAGCUCUUCAUCAAGGACAGCAAGACUAUUCCCCGCUCCCUCCUAUUCUUCGUAAUCCGCGACCACCUUGGAACUACUCCUCUCAGCAACCUCCAGAACACCCUGCUACAAGACCUAGCUAAGCUAUGGUCGACGAUAUCGAAACCCAAUGGGCUCGAUAACUCGCGGAUAGAAGACUAUUUCGACUUCGCCUUCGUCGCGCUCCCCCAUAAGAUCCUACAACCUGAGAAAUUCGAGGCGGAAGUUGAGAGGCUGAGCACACGGUUCAGGGAAGGAUACAAUGACCCCAAGAAGAGCGGCUUGCUUGACGAGUCCUCGCUCCCGGUUUUCCUGCCGCAAUACCACCGAAGGAUCCCCGCUGACGGCUUCGCGGUGUACGCCGAGGGCGUGUGGGAUCAGAUUGUCAACAACAAGGACUUGGAUCUACCGACACAGCAAGAGCUGCUAGCACAGUUCCGAUGCGACGAAAUCUCACGAGAAGUCUUAGUUGCUUUCGACGAGAAGAUUACUCCGCUAGAAGACAAGCAGGCCGAGGACGCCCGGGCAGGGAAGCCGUCGGUAAUCCCGGAUCUCGGUGCGGCAAUGAAUUCCGCCAGAUCAAAGGUGUUGAAGGAUUUCGAGACAAAUGCCAGCCGAUACCACAAAGGCGUGUAUACCCGGAAGAAGGCAGAGCUCGAGAGCAAGGUCGAUACCCGCCUCAAAGCGCUCUUCCAGAAGCAGCUCAGCGCGGCUCACAAAUCUGGCGUGGAGACAUUCAGCAACUCCGUCAGCGCCGCCGUUAAGAGCGGGCAGAAGAAGGGUGCCACGUACGAUUUCGCGCAGAUCGUGGAGAGCGAGAAGAAGAAAGCGUUGUCCAAGUUUGAAUCGGAUGCUCAGGCGAUCAUGGUGGAGGGUGCGCCCUGGAGUUCGUACAAGCAGGAGAUGAACUUAUACCAGAAAGAAUUGGACGAGGUAUCAGGGCGUUUGCGCAAGGACGAGAUGCGUCGCCUCGCUACUCGGGUGGAACGCUGGGUACGAUCACGCUUGGACGAGUCAAUAGGUCUAGAGUUCAACAAGAUUGGUACCGGACGAGGUGGUACUGGUGCUCCUGAGCAUGGCGAACGGCCGCCGUCGGAGAAGGACCUCUGGGACCGUGUCUGGGCUAUCUUUACCGAGACCGUGGAGGACGCUGAGAAGCGAUUCACAGACCGAGCGCGGAGUUUCGAUGCUAGCCCUGAGGAAGUUGAAGUCGGGCUGUGGAGGCUACGACGCAAGUCCUGGGGCGUGCUCCGGGCAAAGAUUGACGAAGAGGUGAUGGAGGGCAAUAUCCUGUUGAAGCUGCGAGAGAACUUCGAAGACAAAUUCCGAUACGACGAGCACGGUGUUCCUAGGAUAUGGAGGCCUACCGACGAUAUUGAGGGUAUGUACACCAAAGCGCGCGAGUCGACCAUCACUCUCAUCCCCCUGCUAUCUCGCUUCAAGCUAUCGAAGACCUCCGCACCGCCCCCACUUGACGCUUGGAUUGGGGAUCCACCAGCUUCUGUAUCUUCGGCGGACGAGGACGAUCUCGUGCCUAUUGGUGGCGUUGACGAAGACGAGGGCAAGAGCCUCGAGGAAGAGAUGACCAUCCUCAGCGAUGCAAAACAAGCCGAUUUGCUCGUACGGUUCAAGAAGACCGCCGACGGUGUUUACGUUGAGGCCAAACGUAGUGCGAUUGGGGGUAUGACGCAGGUGCCCUUGUAUUUCUACGGUUUGCUCCUUGCCCUUGGUUGGAACGAGAUUGUUGCUGUCCUCCGAAACCCUGUCUACUUCAUCUUCCUCAUCCUCCUUGGUGUCGGCGCUUACAUAACCUACACACUCAACCUUUGGGGCCCCAUGGCCCGUAUGGCCAACGCCGCAUCGCAACAGGCCCUCGAAGUCGGCAAAGAGCGUCUCCGCGAGUUCCUUGAAUCGUCGGACACCGGACGACAGGCCAUGGCUAUGUCGGGGCAGCAGGGAAGCCGGAGACGACAGCAUGAAGAUGUCAAGAUGGAUAGGCUGAAUGGCGAUGGGAAGAAGAAGAGCGAUGAUGAUGACCUUGACGAUAUCUGAUGCAUUGCGCAUGGCAUAAGUUGAUGUUCCUUUGGGCUUGGC